CAUGAGAAGCAUCUGCCAUGGAGUUGUUGUCUGCUUCCUUUCCUCAUUGCAAGGCAACAGUGGUGUCCCUUUCAUCACAACACUCUCCUUCUCUCAUGCCGUGAUUGCAGCUUCGGUCCCAUCAUUCUCUUUUCCUUGGGGCAGUUUUGCCGAGCUCUUAUGAGCAGCAUAAACAAUGAAACAAAGUUGCAGUCAAUGUUGUCUUGCACUUUAAACCUCCUGCUAUGAUUGAUACACUGCCGUGUUGGGGAAACUGAAGCAUCACAGGAUUAAAGCUUAAGCUAGUAGGGAUAGUAUGACCAACAUCAUCAUGCAGCUUCAAUUCAUGUGGGGUCAUUAUUCUCAUGUAGUUUUCUUCGUCUAACCUUCAUGAUGGAGAGCUCACUGAUGUGUUCGAGGGCAAACGAGGCACAUGAAGAGAUUCUGAGUCUUGUGUCUUCAUGGAGGGGUAAUGCAUGCUUCCACUGCAUGUGAAUUCAAAGAAACCAAAUCGGAUGAGCCCACCAGCUUGACUGCAGAAGAGCUCCACACUUCCACCCCUCCUCUGCUUCCCUAUAAAGCCAUUAGCAGCAGUUGAAUCCGCAGAGAAGCACGGAAAUCAUGGACUGGCACUCCUGGCUCGCCAAGUCCAGCCUUGAUCCAUCGCUGGCUUACGAGUAUGGCCUCCUGUUCAUGGACAACGAGCUGGAGGAGGAGGAUAUAGCCUACUUCGACCAUGACUUCCUCCAGAGCAUGGGCAUAUCCGUGGCGAAGCACAGGUUGGAGAUCCUGAAACUAGCCAAGAACGACGGCAGGGCGACGCCGGUCCCUGUCGCCAAGCUCGCUGCCGUAAUCAGCAAGUCCAAGAACUGCCUCACGAGGUAUGUCCGCGCGAUGGGCUGCACGAACGGUCCCGCGAUCUUGGUCGUGGCCAACGCCACGUACGGCGACCGCUGGAGCGGGGCCGCGAUGAGGAGGAAGGCGAAGCUGGCGCUACUGAAGCAGGGCAGGCUGAUGAUCGCCGACCGCGGCAUGAGCGUCGCCGCCGAUCUGCCGUCUCGAUCCCACAGCGCUAGCCCGAUGGUUCGCGGCUGUCAUGGCAACAGCAACGCCGCUGCUGAUGACGGCUACCGGGGGCCUGCAGUCGGAGCCAUGAGGUGGGACUCCAUGUUCGACAACUUGAAGCCCACAUGAGAGACCCUGUGCUGCGCGUGAGCUUCACCUUGUUUCAUUUGAUUCAGAAGACUGCACGAGCUUCAUCUUUGUACAGUCUAUGUUUUCUUCUUUUCUUUUCCUGUCAAGUGUGAGCUCCCAUGGAAAUAUAACAUACGAAAUUACAGACCGAUUUGUGUAAAUAGAUCGAGGAAAUGGUGCUUUUGUUUCACCUUCAA